AUGGAGGAGUGCGUGGGCUGGGCACAGGGCCUCCGUGCGUCCAGCGUCCCGGCCCGGCACCCGGAACGGUUUGUCGGAGGCGGCGACCAGGGCCAAGACUGGCAGUGGUGGGAGGGCACUUCCAACUCUCAGGACGAUGUGCGCAAAGAGCUGGCUGAGAAGGAUGUGUUGAUCAAGAAGAUGGAGGAGGAGUUGAAGGCGGUGAAGGCGGAGAAGGACGAGUUUCAGAAGAAGUUCCACGAGAAGGCGGAGGACAGUGUCAGGAACUUGACGGGGUUGGAGGCGGAACGGAGAUGGACGGCUUCGUUCAAGGCCGACCAUGAGAUCUUGCACCGGGAGAACGCGAGCCUCAGGAGCCAGGUCGCCUCUGGUGGUUUCCCCAGCUCGGAGGGUGCCCGGGUCUUCGCCCCGUCUUCGCCCCGUCGCCCCGCGACGCCCAGGGCUCGAGAUCCACGCUGGAGGUUCGGCGCCAACUUGGGACCGCGAAAGGGCGUCAUCAAGUCCUUCAACCCUCAGUGGCUCGGAGGAACGUCUCAAGUCCGGGCCGCGGGCGCGGGUGGUUUCUCGGAGACCUUGUGCCAGCGCCUGGUCGGCCCGCUUCCCGCGGCUUGCCUCAACUGCCCGGCAACUCGACAGCCAGAGAAGCAGAGACAGAAGGGCUGGGGCUUUAUCACCAGCCCUGAGGCUGGAGGCGAUUUGCUCUUGCUACGCACGGAGCUGGGGAGCUAUGCCGUGUCGCCCGGUGACAAGGCCACCUUCACGGCGAAGCAGACGCCCAAGGGCCUGCAAGCCACCGACGUGCGGAUCCUGCCCGCGGAGGAUGGCACCAUGUCCUUUGUGGGCACCGUGAAAUCCUUCAACCCAGAGAAGGGCUUCGGCUUCAUCGCGGCGGACGGGGCGACGCAGGUCUUCGGGAAGGACGUCUUUGUGAUGAGGAGUCAGGUGCCGGGAGGCAUGGUCAUGCCUGGGCAGAUGGUGCGUUUCAAGGCGCAGAUGGGCGAGCGGGGCCCCACCUGCGUAGGGGAGGUGCAGCUGCAGCCGGGGACAGGAGGCAUGGGCGGCGGCAUGGGCGGCGGCAUGGGCGGCGGCAUGGGCGGUGGCAUGGGCGGUGGCAUGGGCGGCAUGGGCGGCGGCAUGGGUGGUGGCAUGGGCGGCGGCAUGGGCGGUGGCAUGGGCAAGGGGAUGACGAUGGGUGGCAUGAUGCCGAUGGGCAAGGGCGGCAAGGGCGCCAUGGGCGGAAUGGGUGGAAUGGGCGGUAAGGGCGCAAUGGGCGGCGGAAUGGGCGGCGGAAUGGGCGGCGCAAUGGGCGGCGGAAUGGGCGGCGGAAUGGGCGGCGGCAUGGGCGGCGGAAUGGCCGCCAUGAUGAGCCAAAUGGGCGGCAUGCCGGCCGGCAUGGCCGGCAUGGCUGGCAUGGGCAUGGCGCUGAAUCCCAACCAGGUCUACUACGGCUCCAUCAAGGGCAUCAACGGGGAGAAGGGCUGGGGCCACAUCACGUGCCAGGCCCUGACGAAGGUGCUGCAAAAGGCGGACAUCUUCGCCAUGCGCUCGCAUCUGGAGGAGCUCCCGGGCGCGUGCCCGGGGAUGGAGGUCUCCUUCACCAUCCAGAACGGCCCCAAGGGGCCGCACGCAGUGAACAUCAAGCAAGUGGACACCUCGCCGGGGCAGAGCUACGUUGGCACCGUGAAGUCCUUCAACGAAGGAAAGGGCUGGGGCUUCAUCGACUGCCCGCCCGCCCGGGAUCUCUUCGGGGGCGACGUGUUCCUCCACAAGAACGCGUCUCGGUCCGGGAUCCGAUAG